AUGUAUCCAAAUGACUCUUUCUUUUCAGUUUGGAGAAAUAACUAUUUAAAAGAUCAAAUAUUAUACCAUUUAAAAUUAUAUCGAGAAAACUAUUGCAAAAGAUUUAUUACAUUAAAAGAAUUUAGGGAUUAUAGAUAUGCAUCAUAUAUAGUCGACUUGAACUAUGGCAUAAAUGAGAUUUUUUCAAAAGCAGAUAUCCCAGCCAGUGUCGAAACAUUAACGAUAUCAAGCGAUAUAGAGCUACCAUUGAGCGAAAAUAUAAUUCCAGAUACAGUUAGAACCUUAAAAUUUAUAAACUAUAACUACCCAGUUUCAAAAAAAACAUUUCCUAGUACAAUCAAAAGUUUAAUAGUUUCGUCUUUUUUCAACCAGUACCUCGACCCAGGUAUACUACCUUCAUCAUUGACCCAUCUAGAGUUAGGUGAUAGUUAUAACCAGCCGCUAUUGCCCAACGCCAUUCCACCAACGGUAACAACUCUUAAAUUUGGUACUGAGUAUAGCAAUGGAUCCUAUAGGCAAAUAAUAUCACCGAAUGUUAUACCAAACUCUGUUACUUUCCUUUCAAUAGGGUUUGAGUAUAUAUCGUUGUAUCAAUUGUCUAUUCCAACAUCAGUAACUAGACUGCAUCUUUAUGGAACAACCGACCAACCAAUAUCACCCGGUCAAAUACCCAACUCUGUUAAAAUUUUAAAAUUAAAAUGUUUCAAUAAGCCAAUUUUAAAAAAAGCAAUACCAGAAUCAGUAACCAAACUUUCACUUUAUGAACCUUUUGCACAACCAGCCCCAUUCUCAAAAGAUAUAAUACCCAAAUCUGUAACAUCCCUUAGCAUCUCCAAUAUAGACCUAUUAACUUUUAAAAGUAUCCCUAAGAGUGUUGUUAAAUUAAAACUGGGUAACAAACAUUCAAAUAACCGACAAAAGCAAGUUUUAAAACCAUUGGUAAGAAGCAAGCCAUCAAUACUUCAAAAAGUUUUACACCAUUCCAACAGCGAUGUCAAUAGUAUGGAAACAUUAAUACCGCCAUCUGUAAAAACAUUGGUAUUAAACUUAAACAUAAAGCUGGUUCCUCAUUCAAUAUCGACUUCAAUAACAAGUUUAAGAUUUGGUUUUGGAUUUGAAGAAAACAUCUAUCAGCACAUUCAAUUACAACACUCGAAUUUAAAAAUGCAUUUUAUGAUAGGUCCAAUUUAG